AUGGAUAACGAUUGGAGCGACUUGGCGGAGCGGGACGACGCGGUCAUUGGUGUGCGCUCGCGACGACUGUACAACUCGAUCGCGGUUCUUGGCGAUUACCUCUACAUUGAGGGAGGUGUGGCGUCAUCAUGUAACAGUACCACCGGCACAUGCAACAGUGAUCCAACGCCAGGUGAGCCUCAUCCUUUCGCGUCCGAGGGGGAUUUGUAUGAAUCGCAGACUGACACCCAACCCUUUCUGUUGCCUCCAGUGAACAAAACCCUGUCGAUUCCUCUGAACCGGAGCUGGUCCAAUUCCACAAUCACCUACAACGAGAUCGAUCACAACAAUGCCAUCCCUGCCGCCGAUUCGAGUGGCCUCUGGACGGACGAGACGACCGGGACGUUAUAUCGAUGGGCGGGCGGCAACUCGCGGGGCACAGCUGCAACCUCUGACUGGAACAGGCCGCUCUGGAAAUUCACAGCAGACGGAAAGGGAGGCGGCUCAUGGGAGGAGUCCAAGCCGAACAACAAAGACGUAUUCGACACGCUGAAGCGAGCGGCCAACGGCGCCACGGCCUCGUGCGCAGGAAUGGGAUUCUACAUUGGUGGCUCGUCCUACUCGCUGACGGACUACUACCCCGAAUUCCAAACCGGCGUGCCCAACAACCCGAUCCCAGGCAUGCUCACGUACAACAUGACGAGCAAGGAGUGGCGGAACGAGACGUAUGUGCCUCCUGCCAGCCCGUACGGCGCCCUCAACUACGGAAAAGCGCUCUGUGUCGAGGGGUUCGGAUCCAACCCGCUCGUCAUGGUUCUGGGCGGCAGCUCAACCAGCCUCACCAGCACUAGAAGCUAUACGCAAAAUCCGAUGAACAACAUAUCAUUUUACGAUCCGGUAAAUCGUCAAUGGCAUUCGCAAGAGUUGUCGGGCACGAACCCUGUCCCGCGCGACGUUCCCUGCCUUGCUGGCGCGAAAGGGAAGAAUGGCACAUAUGAAAUUUUCAUGUACGGCGGUUCCAACGAUGACGACGGCCGCAAUAUUGGGGACGUCUGGGUGCUUUCACUCCCAGGAUUCCAAUGGUUCCAUGAAACCACAACCCUCCAGAGACGGAGACGGCAUGCCUGCGCGGUCGCUGGGAAGAGCCAAAUGGUCGUGGUGGGUGGUGGGUUGUCAGCGAAAAUGUACGACCAGGAGGACCCCUGGCCAAAUGCCAUCAACGUCUUCGACAUGAACACACUGCAAUGGAAGGAUAAGUAUGACGCCGACGCUCCCGAAUACGACUCGCCCGAAGUCAUAAAGAAUUGGUAUAACAAGGGCGGAUUGAAGACGGUUAAUUGGAACUCUGACGAGGUCAAGGCUCUGUUUGCAACCCAAUCCAACUCUACAUCCACCAAUACCACGAACGCCUCAAACAGCUCCGAUGCAGCCUCCAGCUCAGGGCCCAACGUGGGUGCCAUCGUUGGAGGUGUCAUUGGCGGUUUGGCACUUAUCGCUAUUCUUGCCGGUCUAUUCUGGUUCCUGCGCCGCCGAAAGGGUCAAGCCCAGGAUGAGGAGGAGAAGCCACAGCAGACAAAUGACGGCACAUACGAGAAGCCACAACAGACACACGACGUCAUACACGAGAUGCCCGCGCCAUACAGAUCAGAACUCGAUGAUGGAACAAGUACGUGGGCUCCCAGCACCAUCGUAGGAAGCGAUGUCACGGGUAGUGGCUUCAGCACGCCUCAUCCCACCAAAUACAACCCUUCUGAGCUCAACGGCGUAUGA